AUGGACAUAAAAUCUGGUCACUCGUCUCCUGUUAUGACUGAUUCUCCACCGAUAAGCAGCUCAAGAUUAACCAUUCGUCAGAACAGAAUCCCUUACUCAUCAGCAGCCACGGCUCUCUCACAGAACAACAAUCUUUUGCUAACCGUUCCUAGAAAGAAAACCGGAAUCCUUGAUGAUGUUAAGUCUAAUGGUUGGCUUGAUGCAAUGAAAUCUUCUUCUCCUCCUCCAACAAUACUUAAUAAAGACAACAUAAGCAGCGAUGCCACCGAUAUGACUUAUCGCGAAUGGACGCAGCUCAAGUAUCCAUCAGCUCUUACUUCUUUUGAAAAAAUCAUGAGUUUUGCAAAGGGUAAAAGAAUAGCAUUGUUUCUUGAUUACGACGGGACACUUUCGCCUAUCGUUGAGGAACCUGAUUGCGCAUACAUGUCAGAUGCUAUGCGUAGUGCAGUGCAAAAUGUUGCCAAGUACUUUCCAACUGCAAUCAUUAGUGGAAGAAGCCGCGAUAAGGUAUAUGAGUUUGUUAGACUGAGUGAACUUUAUUACGCCGGAAGCCAUGGAAUGGACAUCAUGAGUUCUGCAGGAGAAACUUUAAAUCACAAACAUCUUAGCCGUACUCUAUCAAUUAACGAAAAGGGGAAAGAUGUUAAUCUGUUCCAGCCUGCUAGCGAGUUUCUACCGAUGAUUGAUAAGGUGCUUUGUUCACUUGUAGAGAGUACAAAGGAUAUCGAAGGAGUAAAAGUGGAAGACAACAAGUUCUGCGUCUCUGUGCAUUACCGCAAUGUAGAAGAGAAGAACUGGGCUUUGGUUGCACAAUGCGUUGAUAAUGUCAUCAGACCAUAUCCAAAGCUACGGCUAACACAUGGACGGAAGGUUUUAGAGAUCCGUCCAGUGAUUGACUGGGACAAAGGGAAAGCUGUGACAUUUUUACUCGAAUCUCUCGGCCUAAACAACUGCGAGGAUGUUCUUCCAAUCUAUGUCGGGGAUGAUCGAACAGACGAAGAUGCAUUUAAGGUAUUAAGAGAUGGACCGAAUCACGGUUAUGGUAUACUAGUCUCUGCUGUGCCUAAAGAGAGCAAUGCCUUUUACUCGCUUCGUGACCCGUCUGAGGUGAUGGAGUUUCUGAAAUCAUUGGUGACAUGGAAGAGAUCAAUGGGUUAG